ACUCCUAAGUGCCAUUAUAACUUACAAAUUUUCAAAAUUAUAACAUUCACUAGAGCUCAGUGUUAAAGAGUAACACUAAAAAUCAUAUACAUACAAUCUAGAGAAUAAAAAAAUGUAAUAAUUUUUCAGGUUUCAAAAAUGGAUUCUACUGUCAUUAAACAAGAAGCUAACAUUGAAGAAUUCAAAACGGAAAUGAAAAUUAAAGUUGAACCGUUUGAUGAAUACGACAACACUUCCAAUAUAGUUUACGAUCAAAACAUAAAAAUAAAAGCAGAACCGUUUGAUGAAUACGAAACCACCACUGGUACUGUCUACAAUGAAAACGUAAAUAUAAAAGUAGAACCAUUUGAUGAAUAUAAAAAAGUUACUAAUUCCGUCUGCAAACAAAGUGUAAAAAUUGAGAGACCUAAAAAUUUUCAUAAGUCAACUUAUCAAAACUAUGUGACACCAGCAAGAAGAAAUUCACAAAUGAAUUAUAUGCAUGGUAAUAUAAUACAUGGUAUACAAGAGAUAAGCAAUAAUUAUCACACAUAUUUUUUUAACAAUAACACUAGAAAUACCUAUGGACUAAACAACAGUUAUGGACUAAACUAUAGUUAUGGACUAAACAACAAUUAUAGACAAAACAACAGUUAUAGACAAAAUAUUCAUAGAUUGAACAUCAAUCAUAGGCCAAACAACCAUGUCAUUAAUAGACAUCCUGCUCCAAAGAGAGCUGAGACUUGUCCAGUUUGUUCCAAGAGCUUCAAAAGUAUGGUUGCUUUAAAUCAACACCUAAAAAGUGUACAUGUUCCAAGACUCGACUCACCUACCUUCGAAUGUCUAGAUUGUAAGAAAAAAUACAAAUCAUGUAAGCUAUUACAGGAACACAAAAUAUCGGUGCAUUCCUUCAGCCUAUGUGGUACAGCUAAUGAAGAAUUGAAAAAGGGUUUAAGUAAUAUAAAGUGUGAUGAAGUACACUAUUUAGAAAAUGUAAAAAAGGAAAAAUGCAAUGAAGUACAAUGUUUAGAAAAUGUUAAAAGUGAAAAAUGUGAUGAAGUACACUGUUUAGAAAAUGUAAAAAGUGAAAACUGUGAUGAAGUACACUGUUUAGAAAAUCUAAAAAGUGAAAACUGUGAUGAAGUACACUGUUUAGAAAAUGUAAAAAGUGAAAAAUGUGAUGAAGUACACUGUUUAGAAAAUAUAAAAAGUGAAAGUUGCGAGGAAGUACACUAUUUAGAAAAUGUUAAAAGUGAAAAAUGUGAUGAAGUGUUACAAAAUAAUGACUCCUUGCUGAAUGAUAUAAAACUAUACCAAGAGUGUAUAAAAGUUGAAAUGGAAGAUUAUGAAAGUGAUCUUUAGGAAUAGAAGGCAGUGAAGAGAAAAUUUGUUAUAGAACUUUUCUAUUUUUAUAUGAUGUAAAUGAACAUUUUUAUUUUAUUUUUAAGUUUCCUUAGUGCCGCAAUACACUCAAUAGACUAGGUUUUAACAAGACUUGAUUUUUAUUAAUAUAUAAAAAUUUAAUAAAAAAUAUAAAGUACCACAUUUUAAACCCAAACUUUUUAUUGUAAUACAAUAUAAUAUAUACAAUACCUUAUACAUUAUCCUCCCAAUACUAAAAAUAGGAUAAAAAAAAAAUGUAUUUAAUCCAUAACCCAUAUAAUUAUAAAUAAGGUCAAUUUAUAAUAUGUUACCCAAGAUUUGGCUGUAUAGCUUAAUUCCUUCGCCUGUUCCAUGGACGAAACUACUACUACUUAUAAUCUGUCUCUCACAUAGAGUCUCUCAUUAGAAAAUAAAUAAGGGUCACUUCGCCUGUUCGCGUCCAGUACUUCAAUAUUU